GUUCCAAUUGGCACGUGUCCAAAAUUUAACGGCUUCCCUCGGACCAAUUGGCUAGAACCGAUUUAUAGCAUUUAUAUAUGCAAGUCUUGGUGUAGAAAUAAAUAUGCAAAAUUCUCAAUGAAUUCGUGUGAGUACAUUUCUUCGUUACAAUCCUGGUAUCAAUAUCGUCAUCAACAUCCAAUCACUGGAAACUCCCACAUCUAAGAAAAUCUGUUAAAUGCUUACAUACAUGUCCAGGCACAUUUAUAAAUUUCAAUGUUAGCAGCUAAUUUAAAUGACAUGUUUGGAACAGCUAGGAACACGCAACAUAUUUCGGGAAAAUCCCAAUAAAUUUCCAUUCAAUUGGCCAUUGUCACAAAGCCGGCGAACUGCGGCUCCCUGGAAUCUUGUUGAACUUAAUGACACAGAUUAGCGGUAAGCGCGAUAGGAAUCUCAAACUGUUCGACCAAAAACCAAAAAAAGGCAAUGGUAUCGAAAUCGGGAAUGAAACUCAUCAAAGAACAUUCGGGGCGCAGGCGCUGGUCGAAUGUUCGUGUGUUCUGGAGAAAUGUUAUCGUCAAAUACCAGGAAAACUGAGAUGAGAGCAGGCAGGAGACCAGGAGAAGGUGCGAGCCUAGCACCGCUUGGUAGCAAACUGACCAUGAUCCCUAUAUAAGCAGCCGUUGCGCAGCACAAGGAGCACAGUCACUCGACAACAAGCAACAUAACAGCAACUCAGCAUUCACAAUACUCAAAACUCAAAAUACCCAAAACGAUGGCACCCUCACAAAUGGAUUAUCCGCACAACGAGAACGAGAAUUAUACGCAUAAGAAAUUCAACACGGGCUUUUACAAGCACAAGAAAUUUGGCAAGCGCAGCAGCAGCAACGCCAAGGAUGAGACGCCCACAGCUCAAACAGCCUUGUUCCGGCCAUAUGCUCUCAGCGAGAAUACGCCACGGAAGCGACGACAAGAGUCCGAGCAGCGACAGCUGCAGCAGCAACACCAACUGCCGCCCACGCCACCCACAACGCCUCCCCAACAACAACAGCAGCAGCAGCAACAUUAUCUGCAGCAGCCGCCACAGCCUUAUCAUUUAUAUACGCCCGCUGCCACGCCCACGCCAAUAAUCAAUCAUCAGGCAUUCGCCUAUGUGUUACAGAAGCAGCGCGCCGUGCUUCAAAUGCGCCAGUUGCUCAGCAUCAAUCCGGAUGCCAACACCUGGCCAGCGGAACUGCGCAACGCACUCUACUCGAUGCUGCAGCAAUGAGUGGCAAAGCGAUUCUCAGCCGACUUGGUGAUUUGCCUAGCAACCAGUGAUAUAGAAACUUAAGUAGCAGAUUGUAUAUGAUAUCAAAAUGAAAUCAAAAUCGAUAAUUGAUUUACCUAGAAUUAA